AAAGGUUGUUACAAAGAAGCCGGCGCAGUGAUACAAAACAUUUAAGCUAGGUGACCGGAACUACUUCUUUCACCGUGGGGUUAUCCUGUGGUACUGUAUAUCACUUGCACACCCAGCAGCCAAUCAGAAUCAAGUAUUCAACCGGACCAUGGUACAGUAAAGAUUAAGUUCUGUUAAGAUAAAAUUGUGUUGUUGUGUACUUAUUUUUUUAAGUUGUGCAAACUUAUUCCUGUGGCUUGAAAACUUCAAACUGGUGAGUCAUUGUAACUGAUGACAAUUAAGUUGUCUUAACAGGAAAAAUAAGUCAUAUUUAAUGCAUAUAUUUGAUUUGCACAAACGUAACGCUUUUAAUUUUACUCUUAUCAUAAAAUACAAGUAGCACACAAUUAAACAUUUUAUGUUAUGGAAAAAUCAUACUUUUAAGUUAAUCAACUUACAUUGAUUGUGGCAAAUUAGUUUUGGUAACUUGUUCGGGUUUUCAGGGGAGCAUCACAGCUACAGGAACACAUUUCUCACCAAUGUUGUGGAUUCAAAGACGUGGAUUUCAGCUGCUACAACUCUCAAAAUGGCCGUUGAGAAUUUAAUUGCUAUAGCUAACACCCACGAUUGUGACGCCUCUCACAGCUUCCACAGCUUGCUCUGCUAGAACAGCAAGGGCUCUCCUGUCUUACGUGGUUAAAGUGAAAAGACUCGUGGUAAAAACGUGCUCAGAAACUGAUGCGAGAGCUGCUGGGCCUAGCGGAACAGCCACCACCUCUGAUUGGCUGUUAAAACUGAUCUGCACGAGGGGUUUGGUGGACUGGGUGAUGCAUUCAAGCAUUCUAGGACAUUUAAAACUUUGUAGAUGGAAAUAAAUUAAAGUAAUCAAUGGAUUCAUUUUUAAUAAAGAAAAUAUACAAUACAAACUCAGUUUACAAGAAAAGCUUCCUAUCAACCACUCUGACCAAUCCCCUGCCGCUUAGUUCCUCUAGGCAUUAUGGGUAGUGUAGUCAAAGUGUAGACAGCUUUUUUGCUUUAUGCACAAUAUAAUGUGUUGGACCUUUGGGUCUGAAAAAUACAAUACUGAUGUUUUAAAAUCACAUUUUUCACAUAUGUUUUAGUAUGUUUCAGAUUGUAUUGAUUCAUAUGUUAGCACCAAAAAGUAAACUAAUGCUAAAGUUCCAUGCCGUGUAACUUAGCAACAGACUGUGACAUCACUGAUAUCAGAGAGCCCCACUUUAUAAGUUGCUUAGCAAUACGGUUAAACCACAACACUCUUCGAUCUCCAAAGUAAAGCACACAUUUUGAGACUAAGGAAAGACUUUCCCAUUUACUCAGGUUUUUGUGUAAUAAACAAGGAACGAUCAUGGACAAAGAUUCUGCCAUGGACAAUCCAAAACAUACUGUCGAGAGGAAGAAAAGGAAGAAAAAAGGGACGUUCCCGGUGCCAAUUGAGACUCCUGAAUCUGAGCCUUCUCAACAAUCUACCAGCACCCAAGACAACACCCCAGUGAGAAAACUAAAAAGAAAGAAACAGGAAGACAAAGAGGAAGAAGAAAUAAUAGAGCCAAAGAAGGUGAAAACCCCACUGAAAGAUGAUGGACAAACCAAAAACGCCGAGAGGAAGUCUUUCCCUAGAAAGAAGAAACAGAAGAAAAAACAUCUAAACCAUAAACCGAUUGAGUCUUCUGCACCUGAGCCUUCACAACCCUCUGCCAGCACCCAAGACAAGACCCAAGUGACAACACUAAAGAGGAAAAGACAGGAAGACAAAGAGGAAGAAGAAGUAAUAGGGCCGAAGAAGAGGAAAACGACUCUAAAAGAUUCCAGUUCCAGUGACGCCGAACAAACUGCAACAUCCUCAGAGAAAACUGAGAUUACCGAUAAAGAUAAAUUUGAAGCCAAAUAUGUGGAAAAAUAUCAAUUUGCUGAAGGAGGUUAUGGAUCCAUUUAUGGUGGCUUUCGGAAAUCUGACAACUUACCAGUAGCCAUCAAGCACAUUUUGAAAUGCUUCAUCAGAAAUAAACAACUGGAUGAUGGCAGUGGAAAAAUGGUUCCUUCUGAAGUGGCCAUAAUGUUAAAGUUACACGAUGAAUCCAUUCCUUCAGAUGGAAAAGCAGCGCCAGUAGCCCUGUUGGACUGGUAUGACAUCGGCAGAGAAAUCCUCCUGGUCAUGGAGAGACCAAUCCCUUGUGAGGACCUCUUUCAUUACAUUGAUACCAAAGGAGGCACACUGGAAGAAGAAGAAGCCAAGAUCAUAAUGACACAGCUCAUUCGCACAGCCAUCGACCUCGAGGACAGAAAUAUCUUCCACCAAGACAUCAAAAGUGAAAACAUCCUCAUUCAAAGCCACUCAAAUACACCACAAGCUCGUCUUAUAGACUUUGGAGUGAGCUGCAUGGCAGAAAAGGAUUCCAUCCUUAGAGGAUUUUCAGGAACUCCUAUAAAUGCCCCCCCAGAAGCCUUUAAAGGCUUUUGUAGCCCAGGGUCAACCACAGUGUGGCAGCUUGGGGUAGUUUUGUAUGAAACCCUCCAUUCCCACGGCGAUUUCUCAACAAUGGAUUUUCUCGAAGGGGAUCUGAUGAUUGACAGUGAAUUGUCAGAAGAGUGCCAAGACUUUUUCCAAGCAUGUUUGAAUACUUCUGAAGAACAGCGCCCCUACCUGCAAGAUCUGCUCCACCAUCCAUGGCUCAGAUAACAGAAAAAGAAAACACUCAGACUCAGACACAUCUACACACACACACACACACACACAGGGACAGAGAACUCAAAAGUCUGAAAUUUAAAAAAGUUUAGAAAUUUCAGAGAAAAUCUUAAACCUAAAUUGACCUUAGAAUAAAUAAGUAAAGUGUAAAGGAAAAUGAAAAAUACUAAAGUUUAGCUGCAAGUAGGGGCAGACGAUGGCAAUAUUCUAAAAUGAAAGUUUUUACUCUUAGUGCCACAUAGGCAGAUUUAAAAUUGGAAUUGGUUUAAAAAGUGGCAUUUCCCAUGAUUACUAGGUCCCGUGUUUACCAACACUUUUUUUCUUUCGGUUUACUUUUGGUUGGAUGUUUGGAAAAACGGCACUAGGCUACAUUAAAAAACAGAACGUUGUUAGAAGAAACAUAGUAUAGUAUAAUUGAAAAUCCAGAUGGGGUAAAGAUACUAGUUAAAGGGAAACUGGACAAAGGCUCCUCACACGCAUUAAAUGUCUUCUGGGUUCUCUGUCCACUGAUUGUGCUAAUGCUGACUCUCACAGAAAGAUCUGCCUCGUUUUCCUUGUUGCAGUGACCAAGACUCGUCGGUGUUGCUGUGACCUUCGUGGAUGCCGUGUGCAGAUCUCCUCCAGAGAGAGUUGGCAGGACCGUCUGAGUCUCACAUUUUGGACUCCUUGGCGUGGUGGUGGUGGUGCUGGUGGGGGGGGGUUGUUACAUUGUGCUCCUAGCACACUUUUUCUGCAGCUCCUUUAACCCCCCUGCCUUUCCCGAGGGUUCUCCCUAAACUCACAUUGGCCUUCAAGGGAGUCCGACCUGAUCUUCAUGGAGAGCUUGGCAGGAGAGGAGCGUGCUCCACCCAAACCAGGUGGAUUUCAUUGGCAAAAAGGAAAACAUAAAAACUAGGAGGGGACGUGCAAAAACCAGACAAGGCUUUUUAAUUCAUCUUUAAAAACGUAAAAUUGGAAGCUCAAAAAACAAAAAUCGUUUUAAUUAGAAGCGUACUAAGUCUAACAAGGUUGCAUAGUGUUUAAUGAACCAAAAUAUGUUGGGAGGGGGUUGGAGACCACCUCCGUUUAUUGCCGAUCUGACUAUUUUCCCAAAACAAGCAAUAGAAACCACAGUGUUAGAUUCCAAAUGAGCUUCUACGUGAGGGUGGUAGGAAAUAAGCUAAUUUUACAAAGUCUUUGUAUUUUUCCAGAACAGAUCUCAAAUAAUAAAAGAAUAUUGGACAUAACUGAGAUCAAAUGAGGAUUCAAAUUGCUAAGCAAAGAAAAACGCAUUAGGAAGGGGCUACCAACACAAACGGAAUUCAGGGGGGAAAGAAACUUGGGGACAAGCAAUAUUUUCUGUAGUUAAAACAAAAACACAGAUCUGGUUCCGAUACACCUGUGUGGGUUUUAUCCGGGCCUUUUGGGCUUCUCCCACAUCUUAAAGAGGUGUCUCAACGUUUAUUUGUUUCAUAGCAUACCGAAACCUAGCUUUUCUUGAUAAAUUGGGAUAUAAAAUUCGUGAAAAGAAUCGGUAAAAAUAGGUCCAUCAAACCUCAAACGGCUUUCUACAUGACCUUUUGCAACUCUGACAAAUCAAAAACAAAAGUAGGAGCCUGCCCAAAACCGUACUAGGUCUUCUAAAGCAGAAACAGUGAAUUAAAAAGCACUUGCACGUCCCCUCACUGGUUUUUUCAAAUUUGGCUUUACAAUUGAUGAAAUAAAGGAAGUGAAAUUGGAA